GCAGAAAGUGAACAAUGAUAAGAAAACCCAGGAAAACAUUGUUAACACUUUCUCAUAGAGAAAUGGCUCCAUCACAGUGUCAUCCUGGAUGCAUUUAUCCCAAUAUCAGGCUCUUUGAGAAGAGGAGGACUGACUAGAGUUCCCUGUGAGCGGGGACCACAGAUUAAGAUGUCUGACCUCAGCCAAGUCGCUGUAUACUCAGACUCCUCAGAUAUUUACAAGAAUGUUUUCUGCAACCCUGCGUUUGAGCUGGAAGGGGAGCGAGAGGAGAGAGUGGAGGGCUUCCGGACAUCCUCGUCCACCCCUGAACCAAUCAAACCACCAGCAGCUAGCCUAGGCUGGGGUCUGUUUGGGGUGUGUGUAAUGCGUCUGCGGGCGCCAGGUUGUGGCUGGGGGGUGGUGGCUGUUUCUGCUGCUGCUCUGCUCCUGUUAGCGGCCCUUGGACUUGCGCUGGCCCUCAUCCUCACACAGAUAAAAGACCAGGCAGUGGAGGAUCAGGUGUUGUCCACCGGCCCUCCAGACAUAUUGAGUGCAGGAAAUGGAGAGUCGCAUAUUUUACCCACAAUCCCUUCCAACAGAAGUCAGCGGGACAGUACAGCCGCACCACAGCCCACGAGGGCCCCCUUGUUUGAAACACGCUGUGGAGGUGUAUUGACAGACUCAGAAGGCAGUUUCAGUUCUCCAAACCACCCCGGCUCCUACCCCCCCAACUCCCUGUGUGUGUGGGUGAUCCGAGUCCCACCCCCCUCCUUGGUCCAGAUCCAUGUUUCCUAUUUGACUGUGGAGGGACCGUCUCCUUGCCUGUUUGACUGGCUGGAGGUGCAGGAGCAGACGGAGCAGAGCUCUGUGGUCACCAGGUUCUGUGGUAACGUAGCACCACCAACAGUCAACACAAACAGCAGCACAGUGUGGGUCACCUUUCGCUCUGAUGGCAGCAUUGCAGGCACCGGUUUCACAGCUCAGUACAGGGCCAUACUGCCCGGACACAAGAGCUGCUCCAGAGAAGAGUUCAUGUGUGACAGUGGUCGCUGUCUGCUGCCUGUGUCUGUGUGCGACGGUCAUCCAAACUGCCACGACCAAACAGAUGAGGCAAACUGCAGCCAUAAACACAAGGAAUGUGGUGGGCAGAAGACUGGUCCUUAUGGUUACCUGUCGAGUCCAAACCACCCAAAGCCUUAUCCUCACCAGCAGUUGUGUAUAUGGUAUCUAUCUGUUGAGGAGGGUCACGUCAUCACACUGAGCUUCACGAACUUCAGCCUGGAGACUCAGGACGUGUGUGAGUUUGACUACGUGGAGGUCAUCGACAGUGUCGACACCGGAGCUGGAAGAGUCCUGGGAAGGUUUUGUGGUACAACCUUCCCACCAGACCUGACCUCCUCUGGCCCCCACAUGACUGUGGUGUUUGUGGCUGAUGAGGGAGUGGCCGACAGCGGCUUCAAUGCAACAUACCGGGCCGUGUCUGUAUUGGACCGGACAUGUGGUCCCAGGCAGUUUGCCUGCAGUACAGGGGAGUGUCUUCAGCCGCAGUGGUUGUGUGAUGGAUGGAACGACUGCCCUGACGGAGCAGAUGAACAGGGCUGUGGCAACUCCACCUACCCUCCCUUCACUUCAUCAUGUGAGUUUAUAGAGGUAGAGAUGUGCCAGGGCCUCAGCUACAACCUCACCUCAUUCCCAAACAUCUGGCUGUCCAUUGCUGAUCAGAGAGAAGCUGCCACACUUCUGCAACAGUACCGGGUGCUGAUGGAGCUGGCCUGCUUCAAACCCCUGCAGAAGCUGGUGUGUGGGAUGUUCCUGCCCCAGUGCAGCCCUCAGGGUGGCGUCCUACAGCCCUGCCGCUCAGUUUGCUCUUCAGCUGAGCAGCAAUGCAGCCAAGCCCUGGAUCUCCUCUCCUUCAGCUGGCCCUUCAACUGCCACCUCCUGCCCGACUCACAGGACCCCAUGGAGUGCUCGCUGCCUUGAUGCUUCAAGAGUUUGAAGUUACAGUUGUGCUGUUAGUAAGAGAGAUGAGAGAUCGUCUCCUGAAAACAUUUCACACCAGAUUUGCGGCAACAUGUGAGGACAAAUGUUUGUGUUUUACAGAACUGGAGAUCUUUUUUUCUGGACAUUAUUCAAUUGCUGUGUUGUAGAAAGCAGCAUGACCCUCACUUAACACUCCUGCCCAUAAAACUCUUAUGGUACAU